AGAUACAAAUAUAACGAUACGAAUAACGAUACGGAUAAAUUCAUCGAUUAUUAAGCAGGAAACGAUAGUGGCGCAUCCCAGCAAAGACGGCAAGACGAACUUACGAUGACAUCCGACACUUUGAACGCCAAUGUUGGAAUACAAGAGAAAGCUCCUUCGGUUAUGUCAGUAAUAGACAAUAAACAUGUUACGUAUAGAGGAAAUAGUUCGCACUCAGCGAUUGAAGAAUGGAUAAAUUAUCUACCAAAUGUGAAGUGGCACAAUGUUGCAAUAAUAAGUUUUGUACAUUUAAGUGCAUUGUACAGUCUCGUCACUAUCGACUUUACAAUGGAUAUCAAGACAGUCUUUUGGUAUAUCUUGAUUCACGUAAUUCAAGCGAUGGGCUUUACCGCUGGUGCUCAUCGAUACUGGACACAUCGAACUUUCAAAGCAAAAUUGCCACUUAGAAUCAUACUUGUCUUUUGCUAUAUUGUAGCUGGCCAGAUCUCUAUCCGCAAUUGGGUCCGAGAUCAUCGGACACACCACAAAUUCACGGAAACAAAUGCAGAUCCAUACAACAGCAAUCGGGGAUUCUUCUUCUCUCACGUCGGGUGGUUGAUGGUAAAAAAGUAUCCAGAGGUUAUCAAAAAAGGUCAACAAAUGGAUAUAAGCGACAUUAAGGCGGAUUCUCUCGUUAUGUUCGCUGAUAAGCAUUUGUGGAUACUACAUACAAUUUUCGGCAUAAUGAUACCGAUUAUGAUGCCCGUUUACGGGUGGAACGAAACAUGGCCAAUGUCCAUGAAAUUGCAUUUCUUUCGUCAUAUAUUCGGGUGGCACAGUGUGUGGAGUGUCAAUAGUUUCGCUCACAUGUGGGGCAGCAGACCGUACGACAUGUAA